AGUACUUAAAUAUUCUACACUAGAAUUCCUCUUCAACAAAUCCAUGCACGUAUGCCAAUCAGAAAUGUCAAACUACUCAAAGUUAAGAUAUCGACAUAAAUUAAACACAUCAUUAACAUAACCAACCCCUUAUUUCGUGAAAUAAUUUUAUUAUAAUAGAUAAUUUAAAACUGGCCAAGUUCACCCCACCGCUGGUGGGGGCUAAAUGAGGAAUGGGCGGAGCGUGAAUUAAAGCUACACAAUAUAAAUCUGUGCGUCUCUUUCGCACAAAUGAGCAAUCCUAAUAGCAGUAAGCGGCUUACAAUGGGUGUUGACACUCUCUCGUAUUGCUAUCCCUUUUUGACCCGGGCUUAUGGCAAUAGAGUCGUUUCAAUGGCCCUUCAUAGUUAUAAAGGUAUAGACAAGCACUGGAGGUCCACGUGAGAUUUUGUAAUCAGUGAAUUGGCGCCUUUCGCAAGUAGAGGCGCAAUGUCCGCGCGUUUGACAGUUUGACGUUUCGUUUGGCGGGAAAUUUUAUAUCUGUGUGUUGACAGAUACGAGGCGGUGACAAUUGCGAUAUACAGCCAGCAUUAGUAUUGUGAACUUUUUGAAAUUAUUUAGUGAUGUUAGGGGCGGCCAGUUGAAGGUUGUUUCAGUUAUUGCCUGUGCAAUAACUUGGAUUUUUUGUAGGAAGUAAUUUAAGGUCGGCACCAUAGAAGAAUACGGGGUAUACACGAUGCUGCCCGCGCAGCAGUUACCUCCCAUCAGCCCGUGGCCUCCCGACGGCAACCUGCUCGACAGGAUGGACGACUUGGCGCACAAAGGUCACAGCGGUGUUAACCAGCUCGGCGGGGUGUUUGUAGGAGGAAGGCCGCUACCAGACUCCACGCGCCAGAAGAUCGUGGAGCUGGCGCACUCGGGCGCGCGGCCCUGCGACAUCAGCCGCAUCCUGCAGGUCUCCAACGGCUGCGUCUCCAAGAUACUCGGCAGGUAUUACGAAACAGGGUCUAUCAGGCCUCGUGCGAUUGGGGGCUCGAAGCCCCGUGUCGCAACAGCGGAGGUGGUCAGCAAGAUAGCCCAGUACAAGAGAGAAUGCCCCUCAAUCUUCGCCUGGGAGAUCAGGGAUCGCCUGCUGAGCGAAGGAGUUUGCACCUCGGAUAAUAUUCCUAGUGUAUCAUCAAUAAACCGGGUUCUCCGCAACCUAGCAGCUCAGAAGGAGAAAGCGAAUAACCAACAGCCGUCUCCAGAAUGUUCAACGCCGGUGUAUGAGCGCCUGCGACUGCUGGGAGCCCCGGGUGCAACGCCAGCGUGGCCCCGGGCCCCAUGGCCAGCGCAGAUCGAUGCUAGGACCCCGCCAUACCAACUCCACAGCCUAAGUCCGGGCCCACAAGCCAUCAGCUGCAAUGGCGGCGAUAUGACGGCGAUGAAAAAAAACGAGGAGCCCCUUGAAGGUCUAGAAGGUCUACAUUCAGAUGAAACGGGAUCUGGAGAUAAUUCUAACGCAGGCUCCAGCGGCGCGGACGAUGACGCCGCUCGGCUGCGGCUCAAGCGAAAACUGCAGCGGAAUCGAACCAGCUUCACCAAUGAACAGAUUGAUAGCUUGGAGAGAGAAUUCGAAAGAACUCACUACCCAGACGUUUUUGCUCGCGAGCGACUGGCUGCGAAGAUAGGACUGCCUGAAGCCAGAAUACAGGUGUGGUUCUCGAAUCGGCGCGCGAAGUGGCGGCGCGAGGAGAAGAUCAGGUCGCAGCGCCGCAGCCCCGAGUGCGGGUACAGUGGGACCGCGCCCCAUGCGCCGGCGCAUCCCACGCAUCACCCGCCGCCUGCGCAUCCUGCCCAUCCUGCGCAUCCCACGCACCAGCCGUAUCAACCGCCGCUGAAUGUCGAUAGUUACAGUCCCCUAACUCCAAUGGGCUAUGGCGGCGGUAUGGUGCCUGAGACCCCAGUGUGCGAUACGACCGAGGCGGAGCUGUGCAAGAGCGGGUUCCUGGGGUACCCGCGCUACGAGCUGGGGUACCGGCAGCCGCCGCACCCGUAUGUCAACCAUCAUGGCUACCAGCAUGAACCGGCGUCGCCUCCACCAGAAUUAGGUGGUCUUUUAGGCACUGGAGUGUCAGUGCCUCUCGCUGUGCCCGGGCAAGACUCGCAGCAGUACUGGUCACGUCUCCAGUGACCCUGGUGGAACUAGCCGACGUCAUAACAUUAUUCAAUUACACCACGACGAAAUUCAUCAGAUAAUCGGCCAUUUUGAAUUAUUAAGUGUCAGUUUCAAUAAAGAUACUAGUGAUUUGUGAUUGGUUUUUGUUAAGUUAUCCUGCGGAUUCCGUUGGACUUAGCUUUGAAAUACUGAUAAUUCAUAGAUAAAAAACAAACUCGGUGAAGUGGUGUCAAUAUACCGUUUAAUAUAACAGAAAGGUUAGACAGAACACUGUGAUUUUUGCCGUUUGGAUUCUUCUGAGUUCUCAUUAACAAAAUAACCACGAAAAAUCACUAAUGUGUUAAUUAUUCCCAUAGAUUUCGACACCUCUGUCGAUACCAAAACAGCUUGUUAUUAGAUUGAACUAAUAGGGCCCCUUAUUGCUCACUAGCGCCAUCUAGUGAGCGCAAAACCAAAAACCUUCAUUACUAAUCUUAGAGUAUUCAACAAAUAUUCUAUGUUACUAAUACGUUACUUUUCAUUCCAUUAACGAUGAACUCAAAUCUGUUGUAGUGCUUAUGCGAUCCUCCAAACAACAGUGAUAAAAUUAGAUUUAAGAAAACAUCGGAAGGCGUAUGCCGUAGAUAGUAAAACACCCUGAAAUGUACUGUAAAAAUAUAUCUAUCUUAUACUUGUAUUUCUUUAUUUAUAGCUUUUUUGUACUUUACGGUGAUAUUUUAUUUUUAUUAUCAUGAGAUUAGAGAACAACUAAGAACACGUAUAGUAUAAAGAAUUAACAUAUCCAACAGAUGCCACAAAACAGGACUUGGAGCACAAAACAUAGGCUCAAAUUGUAUUAAAAUACAUUAGAAUAUUUCAUUCAAACUUUAUAAUUAUAAAUCUUUAAUAGAUUUUCAGUAUAAUCGUUAACGAUGCACAUUUAAUGUUGUAUCUUUAGCUUACUUUGAAUGAAAUAAUUUAAUAAAUCGAUGUAAGUGUUAAAAAUAUUUUAUUAAAAACUAGAUAGUUAGCUAAGUUUAGAAUUAAAUAAGUAUUUAAUUGUGUAUAUUUGUUGUAAAUGUUUAAUUGAUAAUGCUGGCAUAAAUAUUGUAAGAAUUUUGCAUUUUGACAGAUGUGGCUGAAUACUUGUAUUACCAUUGCCUUCUAUAGAUAUAAAAAGCCAUAGAUACCGACCAUAAUGAUUUUACAGUUGUCUAUAAUCACAAACAGGAUUUCAUAAUGGUCUAAUUUAUUAAAAUCCCUUUAAUAUAUUAAACUCUUUCACUUACAGUAGCGAUGUAAAUUUAGAUUUUUUUAUGAGAAACAGGGCUUGUUAGUUAUAAGUGCGAAUUGUAAAUAGUUAAUUUUGUGUAAUUGUUCAUUGUGAUUAUCCCUUUGUAAACCUAAUGAGAUCGCAGUGAAAUUAAAUACUGCAUUCAUUUAGGUACUUUGUUUAAUGUCCGUAGCAAUACUUACACUUUUAAUAUUUUUGUCCUGAAUUAGCUCCAUUUGAUAUGAAAGGUAACUAGUUGAUUUCAACCUGGAUUGUAUCUCUCAGCUUGUCUUAGAAGAAAAUUAGUUGCAGCACUAGUUUGGAUCAACCUCACGGAGUUAAUUUCGAAUUUACGAUUAGUUUUUAAUGUGUAUAUGUAUUGAUUAUAAAUAAAAAUGUGAAUAAUUGUGUGAUGUCGAUGAUACAUUUUAAUAACAUUAUAUGAAUACACUUUUGGAUCAAAGUAUUUGGUUGUUUUAUUUGAGCCUAGUUGCGCCAUCUGUGUGAAGAAAGUAGAAUCAUGUUAUUGAACUGUUUUCGGCCAUUCUCCGGUUUGACGUUUCUUAAUAACCGUGGCCAUUUUUAAAUUGUCU